CAACUAUUUCUUCGUCGAUUGGCACGGAACACGGGCCCACCGAGAACCGAACCGCCCACCGACGAUGAGCUGUUGAAAGCGAUCGUUUCACUGCAAAACAAGAGAACCAACUUCGGCCGGUCGCUUUCGAACGAUGUUAUAUUUUUUCGCGGAGAGUCAGAAGACGAAAAAGAAGACGUCAACAUCUCGCGACACCACGCGCACAUCGACGUCACCUACAGUAAUUUGGCGAAAAAUUUGAUCUACCGUAUAGAGGAUCACUCGGAGAACGGCACGUACAUCAACGAUCGACGGCUGUGUAAAGAAGAGCGACACAUCCUCGAAAUCGGUCAAGUCGUGAAAUUCGGCCACCGAAACAGUCUGAGUCAUCCGGCGGGCGCUGAAAUUGCUCAUCCAGAAGCGGACUUUGCGUUCAUCGUCGAUAUGGCCGAUGAGGAUACGGUGCUGGGCCGGAAAGUGCUGAAUAUCAAGGAUCGGAAGGUCAAAGUGUUGUCCAAGGAGUCGAUUGUGCGCGACUUAGGCGUCAGGGACCAUUCGGAGCCGCUUCCCGCUGCCACGCAGGUCAUGGAGGCGGAUUCGACGAAUAAUGUCAACGGAUCGACGUCAAAUGGAUCGUUGACGGAUUCAGAGCAGAUGCCGUGCACAUCAUCAUCGUCGUCCUCAUCGAUUAUUCUGCUGAACGCACCCGCCAAAGCGCCGCACGAAUCGCGUUUCGACGAUCCCAAGAAUCUGUCACGUCACCGUUUAACCCGCGUGUCGAAACAGUUUGCGGACAAGCUCAUGGAGCAAUACGCGCGGCUCCUCGUUCAAAUUCCCGCUCUCGAAGCGCACAAAGACGCCGUCACCGAGCUGCUCAGCGUUCACUGCUGUGUGUACACCCAAUUCUUGACCCGGGACCAGAAAUUGGAACUAUUGAGAAAGCAGUGCGCUGAUGACGCCGAAACGAAGGAGCUGGCUGAGUUUUGCGAACCAAUGGCCGAGUUUUUGGCGGCCGAGGACGAGCAGGAGAAGACUGUUGAGCUGAACGACCUAGUAGAGCAGUUGGCAGCCGAUGGAUCCCCGAAAAAGGACACCAUGCCGUGGGUGCACAGUGAGACGAGCGCUUUUCGAUCUACGGCAACACCGCCGACGUCGGGAAUCUGGAAACCGAGGGCACGGAAUCCGCUGAACUCUGAGCAGCACUACAUCAACCAUCUACGAUCCCUGAACGUGGCUCAUGAGAAGGUGGAGCCGUUGGCAGAUGCGGCGGCGCGUAAUGGACAGCUUCAAGCUUUCAGCCCGACGUCGUUCAGCUUCUACCACGCGGUUCAGUUGGCCACUUUCAGCAAUUACGCAUAUGGAAAGUGCCAUUAUCAGCAUUAUUUGACGCCGGUGAGGCGAGCGGUGGAUGUGGUGCCGAUUGCCGGGGCCGGUGGGGGCCACGGACACAUCGGAGUGAUUGCUCAUGCGCCGGGCCGCGAGCGAAUCGACAUUGACGAGGAGAGACACUCGGCGAGCUCGGGAUCCACCACCGACAACAACUUCUCGAGACGACGUACGGAUUCGGAAGAGAGCGAGAUCGAUGUCGUUGGCACGGAAGAUGACGAUGCUCCACAAGUCCCACAGAUUGCCGCAGAAUCUCCAGAAGACGUGGUCGCCCCUGCUGCUCCAGAAAAUGCUCCAGAAUCGCCAGAUGCCGAAGACGCCGAGGAGGAGGAGAUGGAGGAGAUGGAAGGCGAGGAGACGGAAUCCACACCGACACCAUCGCCAGACGACGUUGUUAAGGAACCCGAAAUCGAUCUUCGCCAAUCGACGACGCCACGAAUGGAAGCGCAAUCCACCCCGUCUGCCGUCGUCUCCACUGGUCCCACUCCUCUGAGUUCUCCGAUUCCCAAGAAGACGUCAGAAGACGUGACGCCACCUUCAGAAUCCACUCUCAAGGAAAACGCAGAAAAAGCAGCAGAUACUGUAGAGGAAGUCGUGAAGGAGAACGUCAAAAAGAUCAAAGCGAUCGCCGCAACGAUGACACCGUCUUCUGGAGCGCCAACGUCAUCUGGAGCGACGCCAUCGACGUCGGACGCUUCUGCUUCGAAGAAAAAGAAGACGUCAACGUCGUCACCCAAAGAGCGUCGAAUGAAGCAGUUGGACGAUGCGUCGUCGGCCGAAUCGGAUUCAGAAGAUGACGGCGGUAAGAAGAAGGCGAAGACGUCGAGACGAUCUACACGUAAGGCGACGUCGCCAAGGAAGCCGAGGAAGGACGAUGAAGACGUGGCAAAUGAUGAAACGUCGAAAAAGGAGACGCCAAAGACACGCCGGAAGCCCGCAGCUCGACGGACCGAUGGUGAAGGAACGACGUCGUCGCGUCGGAAACGAGCUGUCGACGACGAUGGAAGUGAGCAGGAGCCGCAGCCGAGAAAGCAGCAGCGACGUGGAAGGAAAUCCAAAAUCAAAUUUUCCAAGAUAUUACAGAAGAAGAACGGCGACGAUUCGGAUGAUGCGGACAAGGAGAAAAAUCCACUGGUGGCCGAGAAGUCCAAAAUCAAUUUUACCAAGAUAUUACAGAAGAAGAACGGCGACGAUUCGGAUGAUGCGGACAAGGAAAAGUGCGGCGUGGCGAAACUGUCGCACUGUUUGUGUGUGAAAUUGGAAAGGCGGAAGGAUUUGCAAUGGGUGUCGUGCUCGGACUGCAGCCAGUGGUUCCACGUGUACUGUCUCCGUCUCAACAACCAAAGCUACACAGAAGAGGACGUCUUCUCGUGUUGCGGACCCAACGCGUCUCCAGAAGCCGUCGCCAGUCUAGCCGGCGAAGUUGCCGCUCAAUACCGAGAAUUGAAGCAUACGACGAAAAUUGAAGCAUACGACGAAGCA